UAAUAAGCGUAUCAACUGGUCGCUUACAGCUAACGUUACAUAACAUACAGAAACUUACUACCGUUUCGUCAUUUCAUUUUUUUUUACGUGCGCUUCUCAUUUUCAUUGUUAUCAGUGUGAUUAACGCUCGUAUUUACGAAUUAAAUUCAUAAUGACAACAUCGGUGGAUAGUAUUUUGAAUUAUAAUAAAGAACAAGAAGAUUAUUACGCGAUUUUGGGAUGCGACGAAUCUUCGACGGUAGAGCAAAUCAACGCUGAAUAUAAAAUCCGUGCUUUGCAAUUCCAUCCGGAUAAAAACGAAGGCAAGAAAGAUGCUGAAUUACAGUUUCAAAAACUGAACGAAGCCAAGGAAACGCUUUGCGAUCCAGAACAGCGUAAGAAUUACGAUAAAUGGCGUAACAGCGGCAUUUCCAUUAGUUACAAAAAUUGGAAAGAUAUGAAAGAUCACGUACAUCAAUCGAUGCACUGGGCCAAAUUGAAUACCAAAGAUCGUAUGUUACCAGAAAAUAAAGAAAAUUCUAGUCAUCUUUUAGAAGCUCCGACAGUAUCUCGUCGAGCGUCCGAAGGAGGGGCCAACGUUUACUGCAAACCAAAAAGCGGUUUUAAAUGGGAACGGCAACCGGCCAGCGAAGUCAUCAGUAAAUUUAGAAAUUACGAAAUUUAAAUUUAAUUCCACAAUCAUUACGAUUAUGUAUUUUAUAUCAUACUCUUAAAUUUUUUUCUUUUUUUUUUCGUGUGUGUGUGUUUGUGUGACUUUUAUCCGCUUCAUUUUUUAGCGUUAUAAACAUUCCAUUAUAAAUAAUUAAAUAGGUAAAUAAAAGUAAUUAUAUUUUCACAAAUC